AUGGGACCUCAGAAUUUCUUGAGUCUCCUGGCUCUGAAUUUACAUGUUGAGGAUUUAUCCCUGGCUAAUGUUUGGUUGAUUCCAAUUCUGAAACAACAUAUAGUUGGUGUUCGCUUAAGUUUUUUUACAUCCCAUAUUUUGGGUUUGGUCACAUCCUUGAAGCAGAGAGCUCAAGUGCUUGAGAAUGAAAGUCGCAUCGUUGCAUCAAGGACUGCAAAAGCACUUGUGUAUCGUUUAUGGUCCCUGUUGCCUGCCUUUUGCAACUAUCUUGCCAACACUGCUAAUAGCUUUAAGGGUCUAGCAAAGUCCUUGAAUGAUGCACUUUAUAAAGAGCCUGACCUGCAUGGAAUAAUAUGCUAUGGUCUGCAGAUUCAAAUUGCUGAAGCAGACAAGUAUAAGAUUGCUUUUAAUGUUCCUUUUGGGCAAUAUGAAUGGAAUGGGGACAGGAGGUUGUUAGCAACAAACAAGGGAAAGGGAAAAAUGGAAAUAGUCCUUGUGCCAGGCAAGGCUACGAUAAAUGCAUGCAAUGGAAUGAAUUGUGGAGAAACAUUUGCUGGCCCCAAUUCACCCAAUAAACCUUCCUUGUGGACCGAAAACUGGACAUCGCAAUACCAAGUGUAUGGUGGGAAGCCAUAUUUGAGAUCGGCCGAAGACAUUGCCAUUACAAUUGCACAAUUCAUUGCAAAGAACGGAAGCUUUGUAAAUUACUAUAUGUAUCAUGGAGGAACAAAUUUUGGAAGAACGAGCUCUGCUUAUGUAACAACAAGUUACUAUGAUCAGGUCCCUCUGGAUGAGUAUGGUAUGAUAAGGCAACCUAAAUGCGGACAUCUUAAAGAAUAGCAUGCUGCAAUUAAGAAUUUUAGUGAACCAUUACUAUCAGGAAAAAUCACAAACUUCUCCUUGAGCCAAUUACAAGAGGCCCGCAUAGUUGAAGGAAAACAUGGAGAAUGUGUAGUCUUUCUUAUUAACAGUGAUCAGACUAAGAAUGCAAAUGUCAAUUUUCGUAAUUUGAGAUAUGACUUGCCUCAACGUUCCAUCAGUAUCCUAAGUGAUUGUGUCAAUGUGGUAUUUAAUACUUCCAAGGUUAUUGUGGUACCAAAUGUAAGAUCUUAUUCAACAUCACAAAAAGUAGAGAAGUGGGAAGCCUAUAGUGAUCCAGUUUUGAGUUCCAGUAGUAAUGCACCUAUAGUAUCAAACAACUUGUUGGAGCACAUGAGUACCACCAAAGAUGAAUCAUAUUACUUGUGGUACACAAUUAGCUAUGACCAUUCCUUUAACAUGGAUGCUCAGCCCAAACUUCAUGUAAGUUCUCGUGGCCAUGUAGUGCAUGUUUUCAUGAACAAAGUAUAUGUGGGAAGUGCACAUGGAAGUGCUCAAAAUCAUGGGCUUGUAUUUAAGAAUGCUAUCUCUCUGAUAGCAGAGAAGAACAAUAUUCCCUUGUUAAGUGCGACAGUCGGAUUUCCAGAUGGUGGUGCAUAUAUGGAGCGAAGAGUAGCAGGGAUUGACAUGGUCAACAUCCAAGGAAAUAGUAAUCGCAAACUUGACCUCUCUUUUCACCAAUGGGCUUAUCAGAUGCAGGUUGGCAUGUUAGGAGAGAAGUUAGAAAUUUACACCCCUCAAGGAGCGCAGAAAGUUGAUUGGAUAAAUGCCACUAGUUCCACUCAUCAACCCCUCACAUGGUACAAGUCAUAUAUAGAUACACCUGGGGGAAGUGAUCCAGUUGCGAUAGAUCUUAGCAGCAUGGGGAAAGGGCAAGCUUGGAUCAAUGGGGAAAGCAUCGGACGGUUUUGGCCGUCAUUUCUUACUCCCACAGGAGAGUCCUCACAAUGUAUGUACCAUAUUCCUCGAUCAUUCUUGAAACCUUCUGGGAACCUUGUGAUACUAUUCGAGGAAAUGGGAGGUGAACCUGCUCAUGUAUCUCUUGUAAACGUCACAGUUAAAAGUGCUCAAGUGGCAUAGAGAGGGUUAAAGAUGUUGCUCCAUUACAAUAUCACCAAAGCAUGUUGGAGGUGACCCGUGCUCCAGAAUCUAAAAGGGGUUGAAGUGAGAUGUAGUUGAUA